GGCAAAAUCACGUGGGAGGCGCCGGUACACCAAAGGUCAUUCAGCUGUUCUGAACGAAGAAGAGAAAAUGCUGUCCAGAGCCGUUCUCAGGGGUUCUACGAGUUGCCUUCGCGCAGCUAACAGGAACUUCUCCUCCUCUUCCCAGCGUGGGCACCGAGUCGCCGUGCUGGGGGCGGCAGGUGGUAUAGGCCAGCCGAUGUCGCUGCUGCUGAAACAGAGCUCCUCUGUCAGUCAGUUGGCUCUCUAUGACAUUGUGGGGACACCAGGAGUGGCUGCAGACCUCAGCCAUAUCGAGACACAGUCUACGGUGCAGGGUUACCAGGGAGACGAGGAGUUGGACGAGUGUCUGAAAGAUUGUGAUGUCGUCGCUAUUCCGGCUGGAGUCCCUCGCAAACCAGGUAUGACUAGAGACGAUCUUUUCAACACUAAUGCCUCCAUUGUCCGGAAUCUGGUGCAGGCCUGUGCAAGGUACGAAAUCCCCUGGAAAACACCAGCAUGCUAAAACUCUAUUGUUCUUUGCUGAAAAAAAACGCCGCCACUAUUUCUCCUCUUUGGAAUAAAACUCAAUCAAUUAAGACUUUCGUAUAAAAGCAAUAAAAAGCACUGAUGGCACCAUGAACAAAGUUUAAUGCAUUCAUGAAAGUUUUUCGCCCUGUUAAAGUUGCUGUUGUUUGCAGGAGCUGUCCCGAGGCAAUGAUCUGUAUCAUCACCAACCCAGUCAAUUCUACUGUCCCCAUUGCUUCUGAAGUUCUCGAGAAGGCAGGCUGCUAUGACCCUCGCCGUGUGUUUGGGGUCUCGACGCUGGACGUGGUGAGAGCCAACAAGUUUGUGGCAGACGCCAAAGGCCUGGACGUGUCCACGGUGACUGUCCCCGUGGUGGGAGGUCACUCCGGGGUCACCAUUCUCCCUCUUCUCUCUCAGACCACUCCAAGUGUUAGUUUCACGACCGAAGAACUGGAUGCACUGACCGACCGCAUACAGAACGCCGGCACCGAAGUUGUCAAUGCUAAGGCUGGAGCAGGUUCUGCCACUCUGUCAAUGGCCUAUGCUGGAGCCAGAUUCGUUCUCAGUCUCCUCAAAGCAAUGAGUGGCAGUCCAGAUGUGGUGGAGUGUACAUUCGUCAAGUCGGACGUGACCGACGCCCCCUAUUUCGCAACUCCAUGGCGACUCGGCAAAAACGGUCUGGAGCAAAACCUGGGACUUGGCUCUCUCUCAGACUACGAGAAAUCAAAGCUUGAAGGAGAGGUGCUGCCUGCUCUGAACAAGGAUAUUCAUAAAGGCUCGGAUUUUGUGUAAAACAUUGCAGUUAGCGUCUGAUCAUGAUGUCUAGAACGAAAUGUAUACAUAUCACAGCACUCACGGCUAUGUGAUAAUAAUACAGUGACGAUGUGUGUAUCAAACCUGCUACCAUAGACUUCCUCAACAUGCCAGCGGCC